AUGGCAGGCGACGACUCGAAGGCUCCCAAGCCUGAGGAGAUUGAACACCAACAACAUGACGCUAUCCGUCAGCAUGAACUCCGUGAUGCCGAAGCACUGCGUGCCAUCCAUCCAGAAAUCCCAUUGGAAGAAGUCCUGGAGUCUCACACAGAACUAGACUCUAAGCGUGUGAAGAGGAUUAUCCGAAAACUUGACUUCAGGUUGAUAUCUAUUCUUGGGCUGGUCUAUGUCUGGGCUUUUAUUGACCGUGGUAAUCUGGGGAAUGCCAAUAUUGCUGGGAUGAGUGAUGAUCUUGAUACAAACGUUGGCCAUCGCUAUUCCAUACUUACGAUGAUCUUCUUCAUUGGUUACAUCUUGGUCGAUAUUCCAUCCACAUAUAUUACCCGCAGAAUUGGACCGGCUAUUUGGAUUGGUUCGAUCUGUAUCGCAUGGAGUGCUGUCACCAUCGGCCAGGGCUUUGUCAAAUCAUGGGGAGCACUAGCAGUAUGUCGCAUUCUGCUUGGCUUCAUGGAGGGUGGUCUUGUUCCAGGUGCUGUAUACCUCUUGUCUGCGUGGUACACUCGAUGGGAGAUUGGAUCCCGGAUCGCCGCCUUCUACGUUGUCGGCGUCGUAUCGGGCGGUAUUUCUGGCUUAUUGGCGUAUGGAAUCGAGAAGAUGGAGGGAACGGCUGGAAUUCGCGGCUGGCGGUGGAUAUUCAUUAUUGAGGGUGCUAUUUCCGCAGGCGUGGGCCUGUUGUGCUACGUGUUGAUUGUUGACUUUCCAGAAAAGGCGGCGAGAAAGAACUGGUUGGCAAGGCUGUUUGGACUACAGGCGUUCCUCACCCCGGAAGAGGUAGCCAUCGUUUUAGCUCGCAUCGAGCAUGAUCGUGGUGAUGCUGUUGAGGAGGAGAAAUUGACUCGAAAGCUUUUCUUUACCUACCUCCAGGACUGGAAAGUGUGGGAAUUCCCACUGUAUCUAAUGCUCAACAACACAGCACUUUACGCAUUCGCCUACUUCCUUCCUGUAAUCUUGAAGGACGGCUUCGGUUAUUCAACAGCCAAAACACAAAUCAUGACAUUUCCUCCUUACGUUGUCGGGGGUGUGUACAUGGUGUUUUGCGCAUGGCUAGGGGAUAAACUCAGAACUCGCGGUCCUAUUAUGGUCGUUAACAGUGCGAUUUUCAUCGUCGGGAUUGUAAUGAUCGGAUGGUGCACCAAUACCAAUGCGCGAUACGCAGGUACUUUCAUCGGCCAGAUCGGAAUGACUGGAAACAUCCCAAACAUCUGGGCAUAUGCACAGAAUAAUCUGAUCGGUCAAAAGAAAAAGGGCCUCUGCCUAGCAAUGAUAACCAUGGCUGGAGCCAUGGGCGGGAUUAUCGCAGGCAAUGCAUUCCGCGCCCAGGAUAAACCAGGGUACCGUACGGGCCUUGGAGUGAGUAUUGCCUUCAACAUACUCACCGCUAUGCUGUUGAUCAAGAACUUCUUCAUUUUCGGUCGAGCAAACCGCAAGGUGGACCGCGGUGAGCUUGUAAUAAUGGGUCAGCCAGGCUUUAAAUAUACGCUCUAA